CACAAUUCGUACAGUAACAUAACUCACAUACACUGCUCCUAACGACAACAACAAUGAAACUGUUGGUGGUCGCUUUAGCUUUGGUGGCUGUAGUUGCCGCUGAUGUCUCCGAAUUAGGAUAUAACUAUCCUCAACCCGGUGGUGGAGGCGGUGGUGGCCAUGGCGGCUCACAUGGUGGCUCCCAUGGUGGGUCAUUUGGCGGAUCUCAAGGUGGUUCCUUUGGUGGUGGUCAAGGUGGUUCCUUUGGUGGUGCUUCCCAUGGUGGUUCCUUUGGCGGUGCUUCCCAUGGUGGUUCCUUUGGCGGUGCUUCUCAUGGUGCCGGCGCAUCUUUUGGUGGCUCUCAUGGUGGCGGCGCUUCUUUCGGUGGUUCUGCUUCAGCCCCCUCCAGAUCUUAUGUUCCUCCAGCAGCUGCUCCCUCUGCACCCGCUAGAUCUUAUGUUCCCCCCGCAUCUGCUCCAGCUUCGGGCCACCAUUCCGGCGGCGGCUCUCAUCAUGGAGGUUCAUUCUCUUCCAGUGGUAGUGCUUCCUUUGGCGGUUCUCAUGGUGGUGCUGCUUCUGCUCCUUCACGUUCCUAUGUUCCACCAGCUGCUGGCGGUGCUUCCUUUGGCGGUUCACAUGGUGGUGCUUCCCAUGGCGGUGCUUCCCAUGGUGGUGCUUCCCACGGUGGUGCUUCCUUUGGCGGUGCUUCCUUUGGCGGCUCUCACGGUGGUGCUUCUCACCAUGCCGCCGCUUCAGCUCCCGCUCCCUCCCGUUCAUAUGUUCCACCUGCCCAACAACAAGCCCAUCAUGCUGUAGCCUCAGCUCCUGCACCCUCUUACUCAUCGGGCGGUUCCUCUGGUGGCUUCGGCUCCCAUGGUGGUUCCUCUGGUGGCUUCAGCUCCCAUGGUGGUUCCUCCGGUGGCUUCAGCUCCCAUGGUGGUUCCUCCGGUGGCUUCAGCUCCCAUGGUGGUUCCUCUGGAGGUUUCAGUUCCGGCGGUGGUGAUGAAGGUUACAACUAUCCCAACCCACAACGUGUUCAUCGUUUUUAAAAAUAACAAAGUUUACAUACUUAGUGUGUUCAGAAUGAGUGAUUUUAUUGGAAUUCAAAUGUGAUUAAAUACAGGAUU